CGUCCGUACGACUACAAGUGCCACCCAACUCUCGCUAAAAGCUAUAGCUCUAUCUCUGCUGCUAGUUUUCUCUCGAUUUGACUCGAUACAACUUAAACAACACCUGCAAGAUUCUCGCCGCGUCUAGACUACAACUUUGGUGGUUUUAUAUCGACACAGCGCAGCCAAGGGAAUACAUAUCAAUAUUUUCGGAACCAUCCAGCAGCUGCUGCUGCGACGGCUGCCGCCUUGAUAUAUUACAGCACGGUCACCCACGCCCAUCAGCACAAAAAGGAUCAAUAUAGACAUGUUUUGUUGUCAUUUAUAAGCCAAUAAAUAACAACCACGUAUAUAGCAUAUACAGCUAUAUAUAUCUCGCCAGCAGUGGAGAGAAUAUAUAUAUUACGUAAUGCUACUUUGAAAGGAAGACAAAAAGAAACACCAGCAGCAAUUUCAAGAAUCUAAAAUCGUCAACUGUUGAAUACAUCAAACACACCAGAGAGAAUAAUAAAAGAGAAGCCUACAGAAAAAAUGCCAACAAUGCGACACAGCACAGACCCCUGUGCUCAAUUCAGAAUGCUCGGUCAUCCGUGCUCAGCGAGUCAACACCCUCAGCCGCAACUGCUGCCGUCCGUGUACCAGGCGGCGCUCAAUCACGCCGGGCCCUACGGUCACGGACGGACCAUUUCGCACACACCGUGGGAGGCCGUCACCUUCGUCGCUGUAAGUGCGAUCGUUUUAGUGGCGUACAUCGCCGUGCUGGGUUACCUGGCGACGCGGGCCCUGCGCCAGGUGCCGCGCGGGUCGGCGGUCGGCUCUUUGCCCGGCGGCCUCCUAGACACCCGGAUCGUCUACAACGCCAAGACCGACUCUUGCCAGCCGCCGGUGCCGGCCGAGAUGAUCGAUACGCCCGACGGCUCCUUUGACGUCUGAUCAAUCACGGCGACAGCGGCGACGGCGGCGGCGUCACGUUCGCACUCGCCUGCAACCUCUGCUGCUGCUGGAUGUGCUGGCCCAUUGUCUUUUGGGACUUUGGCUGCUGGGCGUGUGCUGGUGUCGUUCAACGCUUUUCCUGAUUACAUUUCUUCCCAACACCUUUUGAUUUUCUACAUAAAAGAAGAAACAAAAAAUGAGCCGUGAAUAAUACAAAUAA